AUGCCCUCUGGGGUAUCUCGCCCUGAUUUCUCCCAUCUAAGUGCCUACGUCUCCUCUCCACAAGUAACACGCUACUUCUGUCCCAAGUGCGGCGCAUAUGUCGGAAACAUAGAACCCGACGAGUGGGAAUUCGCCAGUGGAAUUCUAAACAGCACUGAAGGCCUUCUGGACCGAGUCCAGAUGUGGAUCGAAGAUACUAAGGACGGAGGCGCCAGCAUCUGGCUCAAGAAAGGCCACGGCACAAAUCCAACCCGACACCUCCGCGACCGAAAAUCGUCUGAAGCGACGGACUCCUUCAUCGUUGACCUGAGCCAGAACAGCAAACAGCAAGUCUCUUCCACAUCACGACCCCCGUCCCUGAAAGGAAGCUGCGACUGCGGCGCCGUCAGCUUCUUCCUCCAACCCCCAACACCACCAUCAUCAUCCGAAACUACAAGCACUCCACAGAGAUACCCGGCCUUCCUCGACGCCUGCACAUCCUGCCGCUUGACCUCCGGCUUCGAAAUAGCAUGCUGGAUCCGUGCUCCACAAUCCCAUCUCUUCCAUGCCAGCCCCAACCCAUCCGACGCUUCUCCCUCCCCCUCGUCCAAGCAAGACGAAAAUCCAAACCUGAAUUACCCCCUCACCCCCACAAAUCCGUCCUUACUGCACUACUCGUCCUCGCCAGGCGUAGAUCGCUACUCGUGCAAGACCUGCACAGCCUCAGCAUUCUACGUCAAUGACAAAAACAGAGGUGAAAGCGUGGAUGUAGCAAUGGGCCUGUUGAGGGCGGAGAGUGGGGCCAGGGCGGAGGAGUGGCUGGAUUGGAAGAGAGGACCGGAGUUUGCGGAGGAGGGGACGGAUGCGGUGUUUGUCGCGGCGCUGGAGGAGGGGAUGAGGCAUCUGCCGGAGGACGAGACGGGGGCGUAG